AUGGAUACAGAACGCUUGAUAAAGUCUAUAAUCAGAGGUAUUAUGUGUCUGGCUGGAAUCAUUGGUAACAACUGGCUGUGCAUCAGCUCUCUCCCAAAAUCUAUUUCUCAGCUUCGACCUAGCGACGUUCUCUUUAUAAACUUGGCUGUAUCCAAUCUGAUCACUAAUUACCUGGUGGACACCCUGAACAUUUUCCAUACUGAACAGUACAUACCUGCAGGAAAGGUGUUUUGCAGCAUUCGAUUUUUCCUACCUGAAUUCUCGGAGACCAGCAGCAUCUUGAGCACCAUGUUCAUCACCAUGUUCUGGCAUCAGAAGCUUGUGGGCUCUCUGAAGCGUGGAGGAGCUCCUGUGCAAAUGGAUAACCUACACUUCAUCACUGUGAUGCUGAUUGGAAGCUGGAGUUUUGCGCUUAUCUUCAACAUUUCUCAUUUAUUCUUUGUUGCUGAAAUCAGCGAAAAUGCUACUACUGCUGAAUGCAAGGAAGAGCUGCCUUCGCCAGAAGCUGAUCAGGCCUACAAGGUAGUAUACAUCACGCUUGUGAAUGUGUUUCCACUUAUUGGGAUUCUUUAUGCAAGCAUUCAGAUCACGCUUACGCUGAUGCAGAAUGAAAAGCGAAUGAAAAAAAUGGGGGCAGAAUUCAGAAAUGAAGGAAACGCAACCUUAGCCGAGAAAAGUAGGGAAAACACUAAUAAUGCAGCAACAGUUAAGUUGUUCAAGUCACAAGCCAAAACACAAAGUCUGGUGAGGGCUGCCAAGAGCGUGGUGGCAGUGGCCAUUUUUUUCUUAAUUUGCUGGGUAAUUCACCUCACCAUCAUCAUCAUUAGUUCCAUCUCACCAUCCAGUGUGACAGAAGACAUGGAGAGCUUUAUAGGAGCAUCCUAUACAUGCAUCAUCCCAUAUAUUUAUCUGUACGGUGUGCAAAAGCUGACCUGCCACAGAAGAGCAGGACGUGUGGUGGGUGAAGAGCGAGUAGUAAGUCAGUGA